AUCAGGAGGUGGCUGGAGGCGGGAGGGGAUGGCGCGUGGCCAGGCUGGCUGAAAUAGGGCUGAGAAGGAGCUUCCAGGAGUAAGAAAGCACGCGGGAGGAGGCGUGGAGGGGGAACGGAGAGUCGGUUCCCCAGGGAUGCAUAGUACCCAGGUCAUUCAGAUUCUAGGAGAUAAGUUUCCAUGUACUUUGGUGGCACAGAAAAUUGACCUGCCGGAGUACCAGGGAGAGCCUGAUGAAAUUUCCAUACAGAAGUGUCGGGAGGCAGCUCGCCAGGUGCAGGGACCUGUACUGGUGGAGGACACCUGUCUGUGCUUCAAUGCCCUCGGGGGCCUCCCUGGCCCCUACAUAAAGUGGUUUCUGGAGAAGUUAAAGCCCGAAGGUCUCCAUCAGCUCCUGGCAGGGUUCGAAGACAAGUCAGCCUAUGCGCUCUGCACAUUCGCACUCAGUAGUGGAGAUGCGAGUGAGCCUGUGCGCCUGUUCAGGGGCCGGACCUCGGGCCAGAUUGUGGUACCCCGAGGCUGCCGAGACUUUGGCUGGGACCCUUGCUUUCAACCUGACGGAUAUGAGCAGACGUAUGCAGAAAUGCCCAAAGCUGAGAAGAAUGCCAUCUCUCAUCGCUUCCGGGCCCUGCAUGAGCUGCAGGAAUUCUUUGGCAGCCUGACUCCCCCUGGGGCUGCUGAUGAGUGCGCUGGCCAGGGAUCUGGGGAGGGCUAGCCUGAAACCUCCCCCUUCAGGCAGGCAGUCCUCCAAGGAUGUCAAUUCAGGGUUACGACUUCCUGGGAGAGUUGAGAAGACAGCCUCACCAGACGAGCCUCACAGGUUUGGAGGAGCAGCUGGCUCUGUUUAGAGAAAUUUUGGGUAAAGGACACCAUUCUCUUGCCCUUGCGGAUUCCGUGGUCUCUCCUGUAGCCUCCAGGCCUGGGAUCUUGAAAGGACCUUGGGUAUUAAACUAGCCUUGGCAGGACUGAGGAUUUGGGAAAGAACCACACAAACCAUCUUAGUAUUUUAAAAUAUGGCCAAUAAAAAUUCUGGAAGCUACUCCAAAAUAAACUAGAUGUAUUUGCUUUGAAA